AUGCAUUGCAAAGAAUCCUCGCUACAACUCGGCCUACGCGACCCUCCGCCAUACAACGAUACACAAGACUCCACUUUACAACUAUCUGAGAAAGACCACGAUGCACCGCCGGCUUACUCCUCACACGAACCUUUGCAACCUCCAUCAGAAAAGACGCUGGAGAGUGCCCCUGACGUGCUACAUUUCUUGACACCCGACGAUACGGCUUUAUCGUUAUCUCUUGCCUAUGGCGUACCCCUUCAUGCCUUGAGAAAGGCCAACAACGUCUUUGCAGAUCAUCUUAUACAAGGACGUAGGACUGUUGUUAUCCCUGGACAGUAUUAUAAGGGACCAAGCCUGAGUCCCAGACCUGUUGAGGGCGAAGAAGAAGAAUUGCGAAAAUCCAAGCUCCGCCGCUUUAUGGUCACAUGUAAAGUCUCCGAGUACGAUGUCGCACAGCUUUACCUUGAGCAGCAUGACUAUGAUCUGAACUCCGCAGUUGAAGCUUACCAAGAUGAUGAGAAAUGGGAAAGAGACCAUCCUCUACAGGACAAUGGCAAAGGCAAAAUGAGUGCACGUAAUGUUGGAAAGAGAAGAUAUGUUGGAUCUGCAUAA